AUGUGGAAAGUGAAUAAUGUACGAGAUUUUAAUGUGGUGGAUGGAAUCUUGACUGUACUUCACGAAAACGGAAUGAUUGCAACAGAAAACGCUACAUUGGCCAAUGUGGACCCUCGAAAUUUCAAGCGACUACCAAUUUUUGCAGCUCCAGAUUACAUUUACAAACCAGAGAAAAUUGAAGUUACAAUUGGCACCGAUUCAGAAACUGAUCAGUUUGUUAUAUACGUCAUUAUUGUUAUUGCAGUUUCCAUUAUUGUCUUUGUCUGUGAAACAUUGGCCUGGCAAGUCAAGAAGCGUAGAAAAUUGUAUCGCAAAGAAGCCACGAGUCGAUUAAUAGUAUAA